AUGUACAUAUACGAUGAGAUCCUAAGGAUCUACAUCAAUACAAGUCCUUUGAUGGUCUCCAUCCGAGUGCUUCAGGCAGUUCGAGAUAUCGAUCCCCCAGUCCAGCUUUCUUGGGAUGAUCAUGGGUUCGUAUGUGGAGUCUCACAUGACGUGGCGAUGCAGCUCACGAAGGAACUUGGUAUGCGAAUGCUCUGGGUGCAUGAGUUCAUGCAGCUCGCUCAUCAACAUCACAGAGUGGCUUUACGAUACUUACAUUUGGCUCAGCCUGGGUGGUUCAAUUUGGAUGAAAUCGACCAUGAUGGCCUGCCAACCACAUUGAGCCCCACGAAUCAGCCAGGUCUAUGGAAAUUUUGGAGUCCAGAGUCAACGGAGCACGUAUGUGGUGCAGUGAGGAGCUUCGUCACAUCUUCAGGCACAUGCUCGUUGGACCUCGGGAUCCCAAUAUUUGCGAAACAUCCCAAGAUCAUGCUUAGAGAGUGCUAUGAGAAGCUUGAACCACCUGUUCCUUCUCCACUGUGUACCAUAUGGCCAAAGUAUGAAAAGUUGAUUCAUUUGAGGGACACUCUCAGUUUACAGAGAUUCCUGAAAGAGCUUGAUAUCAGCAAAAUCUCCAUCUCCAUCGAGGACUAUCAGGACGAUUUCUUGUAUAACCGAGGCAAAGAGAGGUUGAUCGACUUGAUCGACAAGAGGCGAUUGCUAGAGCGGGAAGCAACUAAUCUGGAAAUCAUUCACGAAGCCCAAUUGUUGAGUAUGCUUUGUUCACCCCCGGAUGACCAAGCUUUCUUCGUGAUUGGCCACGCACGACCGGACGCCGACUCAGUCGUAAGUUCUGUCUUUGAAGCUAUGCGACGGCAUCUAGUGUACCCAAACCAUGCCUGUCUCCCUUGGUCAAAGUCAAUACCAAGGGAAGUUGAACAUAUUCUCGGUCCUGAAGUUACUGGCCUGAUGUCCAAGAUCUCUCCUCCACGUCGCAACAAUAGCAUUGUUCUCGUGGACUGUCAUCAAGCUGAUCCCAAGUACCAGAUGGGAGUGAGAGCCAUAAUCGACCAUCAUAUCCUCAAUGGCAAACAAUUCCCUUACUAUAUGGCACUGAGCCAUGAAGUUUCCUGGUCAACGACAAUUCAAGUGUAUGUAAAGAUUCUAGGAUCAGGGUUGGAUCUCAGUCCUGGAAUGGCAAAGACGCUUCUCGAGGCGACAAGAUUGGAAGCUGAACCAAGUCUCAUACCCCGCAUGAGUGAAACCGAUCAGCUCGCAAUUGCAAGACUUGAGUCCAUUGCAGGAUAUGGAGUCGCUGCUACAUACGAAGAGUUGAUGAGCAUCAUGCUUAACACAGCUGAGAUAAAAGAACUCUUCUACAAAGAUUACAGACAGACAUCAUAUGGUUUCUCGGUCAUCAAAUCCAAUAAAUCUAACGACUUCGGAGCAAUUGCUGAAGCGAAAAACAGGACGUAUCACCUUCCUCUUACUGUCGUCAAAGAGGUCGUGUACGCAGAAGACUUUUCAGGAGUCUGUUUAGAGAACAUUUCUCUUGUCAUAAAUCCUGUCUUCCAUGACAAGGGUUUCAAGAACGCUCUCCAGAAAAUAGUCACUGUAGCGUGCCAACACUUCCAUGGCAAAGAAUGCCUUUUUGUCGAAGGCGAUAGCAUCACUCUCAAAGACAUCGAGUCUCAGACUCCCAGGCUACUUCUCAUGCCAUUGAUUGAAACCAUUGUCAACGAGCACAUGAGGUUCCGCUACGCAGCUAGCAUAAAUCGCUACAUCUCACUAGGUUUCUACAGCGGAAGCCAAGAACACUAUGGGAGUCCCGGCGAUGAAGCAAUCGUCAAAUCCGGAUUGUCAUUCUUUGAUAAAGUUUAUCGUGAGAUGGAAACAGGAUGUGAUAGCUCGGCUUUGAAAAGUUUACAGCAUGAUCGCUACGUAAAGCUUCUCGAUACUUUCAUCUCUGGAUCUAAUCUUGUCACUCACGGCACUAACGCGCCUCAAAAGGUCGACAUUCAAGCUGCACGGCCAGCAUUAAUCCGUGCUUCAGAAGCUGAUGAAGUGACUGGCCUGCCAAGUACUCUCCACAGUCCAGACAAUUACGGCAAUAAUUCUCUUUGGAGAUAUUGGUCUUCUGAUGCAGUAGAGAAUGUGGCGACGAGAGGACAUAUAUUUGUCAUGGAUCAGACGAGUAUUGAUCUAAAGGUUAGGCCUGAUGAGAGGACGAAACAGUUGACAUUUAGGCCUGUCUAUAAGGAUAUUCCAGAUCUGAAGGUUGAGGUUGAAGAUGAUGGGAGUGGGAAAUGGGUUAAGGUGAAUGUAUCACCGAGGUUGUUCUUUAUUUGUGGGUGA